GACAGGUUAUUUAUUUUGACUGAAACUUGGCUUAAUUCAAGUUUCUUGGACACAGAACUUUUUUGUCAAGAAUUCUUAGUUUAUAGAAAAGAUCGUCAUAUUGGAGUUGCAAAAGAACUAGGAGGGGGUGUUCUCGUUGCUGUACGAAAUAAAAUUGUUUCUUCACCCGUUUCUUUCCCUUUCAAACUUUCACUUGAAUUAAUUUGUGUGAAGCUUUCCUUUGAAACUAGAUUCGUAUACAUUAUCAAUGUAUAUAUUCCCCCAAAAAGCUCGAACGUUGUUUAUUCUGAACUUUCUAUGGCAAUAAAUUAUAUAAUGGACUUGUAUUGCUCCAAUAGCAACAUUUUACUUGUAGGAGAUUUUAAAUUACCUCACAUUGAUUGGAUUCUUUCUGAAGAUGAGUCCUGUCAAGAAGGUUCUUUGACUUCUUCACAAACUGAACUUGCUUUUCUAGAUAAAAUUAUUACUGCGGACUUACAGCAAAUAAGCUGUAUUAAGAACUCAAAAAAUCGAAUUCUCGAUUUGGUCUUUUCUUCUGACGCUAUUAGUACUCUUGUCCUAGAGUCUAGUUCAGGAAUCACUAAUAUAGAUCAUUACCAUCCCCCUUUGAAAAUUUUCCUUGACUUAAGCAAUCAUGUUAUUGAAAAUAGUAAUGCGUUCGAUUGCUCGUAUACUCCUGACUUCAGAAAAGCUAAUUUUCAGUUGCUAUGUGAAGAUUUAAAUAAUUCUGGUAUUAAUACUAUAUCAACGUAUACUAAUAUUGAUGAAGCAGUUAUCACUUUUUAUAGCAUCCUUAACAACUGCAUUAAUAACACUAUCCCUCUCAAAAUUUCUAAACAAAGUAAUUUCAACCAUGCAUGGUACACUAAAGAACUGCGAACACUUAGGAAUAGAAGAAACAGAGCAUGGAAAACCUAUUUAAAAUCUCUUUCUUUAACUGAUCACAACAAUUAUAUUGAAAUUUUCGAAGAUUUUAAGAUUCUCUCUAAUACUCUAUAUACCAAUUAUAUAAACGAAAUGGCUUCUUCUUUGAAAGGAGAUCCUAAAUCGUUUUGGAAAUUUGUGAACACGAAGAAAAACUCUGAUGGCUAUCCUGCUAAUUUUAUCCAUGAAAACUUGUUGUUGCAAACACCAUCUGACAUUUGCAAUGCCUUCGCUAAUAACUUUCGCAACUCUUUUGUUGAUGCACCUUUUGAUGUUGAUGAAGAUUAUUUGAAAUGUCUACAUACCUAUGCCCAAACGAGUCGUAACAAUAUUCCUGUGCAGCAUGACACAGUUUUAGAUCUUCUUUCAUCGCUAAAAGAUGAUUAUUCAUCUGGUCCAGAUGCCAUUCCCCCAAUUCUUUUAAAAAAGUGUAGGAACACAUUAGUUCAACCUCUUCUCUUUUUGUUCGAGCUGUCCAUCAAAUCAGGGAAAUUUCCGUGUCUAUGGAAAAAAUCAUUUCUUACUCCAAUUUUUAAAAAAGGUGAUAAGACAUUAAUUACCAACUAUAGACCUAUUUCCAAACUAUCUUGCAUUCCGAAGGUCUUUGAACAAGUUGUUUGUGAGAGUAUCGCUUUUUUCAGUAAAAAUCUUAUAUGUGAGCAGCAGCACGGGUUUGUAAGAAAAAGAUCAACUGUAACAAACCUGCUCACCUUUCUUCAUAAAUGUUCAAAUGCAUUAGAGCAGGGAAGGGAAGUAGACUGCGUAUACACUAGGGUGGGUCAAAAAACAAUUUUUUGGAUUUUCAAAAAGGCUCACCGAUCAAAAGGUGCUAAAUGAUUCGGUUAGCUUAUAAGUAAAAUUUCAUUUCAUUAUUUUAAGCCUAAGUGCCUCCGGAUUGUGGUUUCAUUUUUGAAAAAGCAGAUUUUUGCCUAAAAACCACACAUGCUUUGCUUAAUUUAUUAUUAUCUCAUUUCUUAUACAAGCAAAUU